UCUCCUGUCCCGGAGAAGUGUGGUGGCCAGAGUCGCCCGCUCCCCAAGCAUUGCUGGGCAGACGCAGGCUCCAGGCCUGGACGAGCCCACCUGGUGGCUGCACAGCGCCUGCAGCCGCUGGCACUACAGCAUGUCCCAGCGGCACUCCGACAGCUCCUUGGAGGAGAGGCUGCUGGAAUACCGCUUCCAUGCGGAGCUGCAGCUGGAUGCCAAUGGUAACCCCAAAUCCAAGCUCCCCAUCAUCCGGGGCUCCCUGCAUUCCAAGACCAAUGCUGCCUUUGAGCCAGAGUCGCCGGCGCCCGUGCAGUUGCCCACGGAGGACAGGGAGCCGCGGGCCGUCGUCCUGAGCACGCAGAGCCCCGCGGCCCUCAAGGUGGGCACUCAGCAGCUCAUCCCCCGGAGCCUGGCCGUGGCCAGCAAGGCCAAGACCCCCGCCCGCCACCAGAGCUUCGGGGCGGCCGUGCUCAGCAAGGAGGCUGCACGGCGGGACCCCCAGCUCCUCUCGGCCCCCAGCUUCUCCUUGGAUGACAUGGACAUGGACCUGGGCUCAGGGGAGCCACUGAGUCGGAACCGGCGGAACCAGUCUUACCGGGCAGCCAUAAAGGGCCUGGGGUCUCUGAGCAGCAAGGGGGAUUGCAGCCAGCUGAGCCCCAAACUCCAGACUCUGGCUGAGGAGCCCAGCCAGCCUGCAACCCAGUGUCCAGCCAAAAACAAGAGGACGCUGGGCCGGAAGCGUGCGCACAAGGGUUCUUUCAAGGACGACCCCCGAUUCUACCAGGAGAUCCGGGAGCGGGGUCUGAACACCAGCCAUGAGUCUGAUGAUGACAUGCUCAGUGAAGCCCCCAGCCCUGAGGGGCCCCAGAGCAUGGACACCACCAUUGUGGUCAAGAGCUACCGGCCUGCUCAGGUCACCUGGAGUCAGCUCCCUGAGGUGGUCGAGUCGGGUGUUCUGGACCAGCUAAGCACCGAGGAGCGCAAGAGGCAGGAGGCCAUCUUCGAGAUCCUCACGUCCGAGUUCUCCUACCUGCACAGCCUGGGCACCCUGGUGGCCGCGUUCCUGCGGUCCCCGGUGCUGCGGGCCACCAUGACACAGACGGAGCACCAUCACCUCUUCUCCAACAUCCUGGACGUCCUGGCUGCCAGUCAGAGGUUCUUCAAGGCCCUGGAGCAGCGGCACCAGGCACAGGUGUGUGUGGAGGACAUCAGUGACAUCCUGGAGGAGCACGCAGAGAGGCACUUCCACCCCUACGUGGUCUACUGCUCCAACGAGGUCUACCAGCAGCGCACGCUGCAGAGGCUGACGGGCAGCAACACCGCCUUCCGAGAGGCGCUGCGGGACAUUGAGAAGCAGCCGGCGUGCGGGGGCCUGCCCAUGAUCUCCUUCCUGAUCCUGCCCAUGCAGCGCGUGACCAGGCUGCCCCUUCUGACCGAUACCCUCUGCCUGAAGUCCCAGGGCCACCCUGAGAGGUACAAAGCUGCCAGCCAAGCCUUGAAGGCCAUCAGCAAGCUGGUGAAGCAGUGCAAUGAGGGGGCGCACACCAUGGAGCGCACGGAGCAGAUGUACACGCUGCACACACAGCUGGACUUCAGCAAGGUCAAGUCUUUCCCCCUCAUCUCCGCCUCCCGCUGGCUGCUGAAGCGAGGGGAGCUGUUCCUGAUGGAGGAAGCCGGGAUUUUCAGGAAAAUCGCCAGCCGGCCCACCUGCUACCUGUUCCUGUUCAACGAUGUCCUGCUUAUCACCAAGAAGAAGAGCGAGGACAGCUAUGUGGUCCAGGACUACGCCCAGCUGGACCACAUUCAGGUCCGGAAGCUGGAGCCCUUGGAACCGUCGUUGCCGGGAGCCGGCACCCGCAGCUCCUCCGUGCCUCACCCCUUCCAGGUGACCCUGCUGCGGAACAGCGAGGGCCGCCAGGAGCAGGUCCUGCUGUCCUCGGACUCCGCGAGUGACCGGGCCCGGUGGAUCACAGCGCUCGCCUACAAGGAGAGGCAGUGGCAGGGUCCCACCAACAAAGGAGAGCUGCCCCAGGUGGAGGUCACCAAGGCCUACUUCGCCAAGCAGGCGGACGAGGUCUCCCUGCAGCAGGCGGAUGUAGUGCUGGUCAUGGAGGAGGAGGAUGGGUGGCUACAUGGAGAACGGCUCCGAGACGGAGAGACGGGCUGGUUUCCUGAGGAUGUCGCCCGGCGCAUCACCAGCCCUGUGGCAGUGGAGGGCAACGUGCGCAGGAUGGAGCGGCUGCGGAUAGAGACAGACGUGUAGUGGCAGCUGCCCCAGAGCUGGCCUGCAGCAGGGGCAGCUUCGUCCCAACCAGUGCCUGGCCCUGCGAGGCUCCAGCUCCACAGGAGGAAGAGCUUGUCUGCCCUCCGGAGAAGAGUGCUGGGACCAGCUCACAGGCUACCAGUGCCCAACCCAGGCUGCGUUUCAUGGGACUCUGGCCCAGCCCCCAGCUUCUGGCUACAGCACCCCCAUCUGGUGGGGCCCAUGGGCAGCUGUGGGAGAUUGAUGGGAUUUGAGGACCAGCCUGGGACCGUCUCCCCCGUGGCCUUCCUGCUCCCAAAUGGACAAGAAGGACCCUUGAGGUCCCAGUGGUGCCCACACUCUCAUCUGGGGGUGCAGCAAGGAGCGGAGGGAGCUGCAGAGCCGGCAGGAAGACCUCAGCGCUGAGCUUUUAAACAUUAAAGUGUUUCU